AAGAAAUCCUAACCUUUAUGUAAACUCGUUUCCUUUCAGCAAAAUUAUCAAUAUCAUCAGUAUUUGUCAUAGGAAGAGAGUUUAAACAUGUCUAGCUUUACAAAUACAUGUUAUAUGAAUUGUUCCUCAAUGUCCUUUAUUGAUCUAAUAACGUCAAAUAUUUUUCCUCUAACGCACAAACUUAUCAAUUCAAAUCAUAUUGUAUUACAUACCACAAAAUCAAAUGCAUUGGUAAAAUCUAUCAAGGCAAAAAAGUUGUUAUUUAUUUAAAAUGUAUAGGACAUGAAUAUACACGUCAUAAUAUCCCAUACAUAAUUAUUUUUCACAGUUUAAUAUCUUAUAUACUUUAAAAGCCAAUAGAAUACCUGAACUAUACGAAUUAUUGUCACAACAAAUUUUUAAAGGUAACUGUAUAAUUUAGAGGACACGAAAAGUGUAAUAUAGAGAAAAAAUCAUUUUAAACAUAUUUUCAAAAUAUAUUCAUCCCUAGGGAAUAAUUUUAUGCUGAGAGACUUAAAAUAAGUGAGACAUUUCAGAUCUUAACAAAUUUACCAAGGGACGGAGACAUGGCUUCCAAACCUUUAAAACCAAGCACAUCUACAGAUAAUGCAGAUGGAAGCGACUCUAAAAAGAAAAAAUGUUUCACAUUCACCGUGAAAAAUCAAUUGCGCAAACCAGAGUUCAACAAAAGCGUUAUCAUGAAAAUCGAAAAUGAGAAGAGUCCACUGAUUGAGUACAUGGAAAAGGCAGUUGUUGAUGAUGAACAAAAAAGACUUAUGGAAAAAUUUACAGUCACAUACUAUUCUGGUAAGGGAUAUUUUAUUGAAGCAAUCAAUGACGUUAGAGGAACCUAUUUAGCCGAUAAAUCAUAUUGGCUGAUAAGAUCUGACUUAAAAAAAACAGACAAAGGUAUAAGUUCUUUCAUACCACAAGACGGAACGGAGGUUCUGUUGGAACUCAUAACCGACGGUCCUGAUGACAAGUGCGAAUAAUUGUAUUGUGUGUUAACGUAUUGUAUUGUGUAUAAAAUUCUAUUGAAUUGUGUAUUAUAUUGUGCUUGAAAUUG